AUGCGGCCGCCGGCAGCCCCGGAGAGGGCCGGGCAGGGGGCCGGGCCGGGGGCCGGGCAGGGGGCCGGCCGGGGGGAGUCCGGCCGGGGGGGGUCCGGCCGGGGGGGGUCCGGCCGGGGGUCCGGGCUGUCCGGCUGGCUGCGGCGCGGGGCCGCCGGCCUGGCGCAUUUGGUGGCGCUCGGCUUCACCCUCUUCCUGGCCGGCCUGUCCCGGCCCGGGACCAGUCUCUUUUCAUGGCAUCCCGUGUCCAUGGCUUUGGCAUUCUGCCUCUGCAUGACUGAAGCCAUCCUGCUGUUCUCACCCGACAACUUGCCCUUCCUCUUCUGCCCCCGGAAGGCCCGGGUGUGGCUGCACUGGGCGGGCCAGACGCUGGCGAUCCUGUGUGCCGCCGUGGGCCUCGGCUUCAUCGUCUCCAGCAAGAACCGCAGCGAGCUGCCCCACCUGGUGUCUUGGCACAGCCUCCUGGGAACGCUGACGCUCAUGGCUACCGGCGGCCAAGCCCUGUGCGGGCUGUGCCUCCGUUUCCCCAAGGUGGCCAAGAUCUCCUCCGUGGCCCGCCUCAAACUCUACCACCUCACCUGCGGGUUGGUGGUUUACCUGAUGGCCACGCUGACCGUCCUCCUGGGCAUGUACUCGGCCUGGUUCCAAGCCCAGAUCAAAGGGGCGGCCUGGUACGUGUGCUUGGCCCUGCCCCUCUACCCGGCCCUGGUUAUCAUGAACCAGAUCACCAGUGCCUAUCUACCAAAGAAGAAGAUGGAGAUUUGACUCUGACCAGGGCUCCUCGCUCGGGGCAUGGGGUGGGGAGUUGAAAAGAAGUGCCCGGGGUCCUUCAGUGCUGCAACCGUCUGCCAGGACCGCUGGGUUCUCCGGAGAGCCCGCUGCCUCGGCCCCGGGGGAAGUGGCCUGAGUUUGGGGGCUUGGGGGCUGGAGUCAGGCUCUUGGGUCCCAGACCCUCGGUGCUACACCCAGAGGGUGGUCUUAAGAGCCGUGGUAGGGGAUGACGGUUGGGCAUUUGGGUGCUAAUAAUAGUAAUUCCUGUGGUAUUUGUUAAGCACCUUCUGUGUGCCUAGCACUGCGCUAAGCCCUGGGGGUCAACUCUGUUAACAGCAACUGGCUGGAUGGUGUCGAGGACGGUAGAACUGGACUCAGAGACUCGGGACGUCGGUUGGGAUCCUGGAGUUCUCUUUUUUCUU